AUGUUUCGGUCUCCAAAGCCCGGCGACUGGGCCGCCGAAGACGAGGACACGUCGCCUCUACCGACGCCCACGUUAGCGUCGCCCACCCCGGAUGCCACACCUGCACCUGCACCCGCGCCGAGAAGCGGUGGAUAUGAGCGCAGCAACAGCGGUGGACGCUUCGACCGGGACAGAAAUAACAGCGGAGGAAGUCGCUUUGACCGCGAAGGGGGUCGCUUUGAGCGGGACAGAGACUAUGGGGGAGGACAAUAUGAUCGGGAUAGAGAUAACGGAGGAGGGCGCUUUGAUCGGGACAGAGAUCACGGAGGAGGACGCUUUGAUCGGGACAGAGGAAACUACGGCAGCGGACGACAUGACCGCGGAGGACGCAACGACAGAGACUACGACCGAGGCGGACGCUACGACCGAGACAAUGACCGAGGAGGACGCUUUGAUCGCGAUGGAGGACGCUACGACGGUGGAGGGCGUGCCGACACCUCGCGCUGGGGACACAACGCCGACCGCCGAGGCGGAGAAGCUGGCCGUGACAUGCCCGUGGAGCAGGGCUUCAUCGUGUCCAUUAAGGAGAAUUUCGGCUUCGUGAGCUGCAUGGAGAGAGACGGAGAUCUGUUCUUCCAUAUCUCGGAGGCUCCCGUGGACGUCCAGCUGCAGGACGAGGUGGAAUUCCGUGUCAAAUACAACCAACGCUCGGACAAGGAGAUGGCCUGCCAGCUGGUGGCUUUGCCCAAGGGAAGCAUCAAAGUGGAGGAGGUCUCAGACGAGUGUUACGACGGGGUCGUCACCAAGAGUUUGCCUCGUGGAGGACAUGGAAGCGGACGAGGAUUCUUUCACAACCGCGAUGACGACCGCCGACGUGAGGAACAUGGACUUAUUGAGGUGAAGAGGAGCGAGACGGGAGAGGAGAAUACGAAUGAGAAAGAGCAGGAACAGACUGGAGAAGAUGAAGAGGAAGAGAGCAAGAAGACGCUCGUUAGACGCGAGUUUGUGCACUUCACCGCUGAGAGCGUCGCUGCUAGUGAGGACGAUCAGGAGCAGUCGGCACGACCCAAGAAGAACCUGAUCCCGCACUUUGGUGAUGAGGUGCGUUUCCGUAUCGCCAGACACCGUAAAACUGGAGCGAAGCGUGCUGUGGACAUCACGAUCACAGCCUCGGCUCGCGAGAAACUGGACAAGGCGAUUGAAGCCAAGUUGGCUACGAUGACGCGCGAGACGGGCGUGGUAGACCGCGUGAAGAACGGCGGUGGAUUCAUCAAGUGCUGCGAUCGUCCAGUGGACGUUUACUUCCCUUUCCACGAGAUUCGCGAGUCGGAAGAAGCUGAGAAGAGCGACAAGAAGUUGGAGACUGACACUGAAGACAAGUCUCGUCCUGGACGGCAAGCAAAGGGGCCGUCGAUGCGUGAGGGCGACGAAGUGUCGUUCUUCGUGUACGAGGACAACGAGGACGACUCGGGACGCUCCAGACCGCGACUGACUGCGCUUCGUGUGCAGAAACUUCCUCCUGGCUCGGUGUCUUUUGAGACGUUGCUGCGCUCUGAUGUCGAAGGUCUAGUGGCGAAGCUCCCGAAAGAACCGCGGAACGGUCCUGAGGUCAUUGGAGCCAUUGCCGUUGCGUCUACCGAGUCAAGUCACGCUGACGAGAGCGAAGAAUGCAAGGAAGCUACCGCUGACGAGAGUGAAGACAAGUCUUUGAAGAAGAAGAAGGGGAAAGAUGGCAAGGCGAAGAAGCAGAAGGUGGCGUUCCGCUUGUGUGACGCUGAGGACAUGAGCUACAUCCCGCAUAUCGACGACAAGGUAUCGUUCGACGAGGUUUUGGACAAGCGUACUGGCAAGGUGAAGGCCGUGAAGGUUCGAGUCGUGCAGCUGAACCCGAAGAACCGCGAGACUGGCGUCAUUAACGCCUUGAAGGAGGAUUUUGGCUUCAUCAAAUGUGCCGAGCGCUCCGGAGACGCGUAUUUUCGUUUCUCGGAUGUGAUGGGGACGAGUCGGAGUUUCAAUAAUGGCACAGAGGUGGCGUUUGACGUUCUCGUCGACAACAAGUCGGACCACAUUCGAGCUACACGUUUGCAGAUUCUGCCUCGAGGGACCAUCAAGUGGGAAGACGUCGCCGCCGAAGGUCUGGAGGGCAGGAUUGUGGCGGUACCGAGCUCACGUAGAGGCCACCACUCGACUCGAGGUGGUCGUGGAGACAAGACGAAGCAGCUGCACAAGUUUGCGCCCGGCAAGAUUUGCUUUGUGACGCCGGACAAACAGCACUUGAUUGACUUCUUACCGGAGCUCAAGGAGGAGCUGGAUGCUGCGUUUAUUACGUCAACGGAGACCCCAGUAGAGGCAGCUGAGGGUGCUGAUGACGAAGACAAACCCAAGGCAGAAAUCCGGGUCUCGUUCCCGAGCUCUUUGUCCAAAUACGAGCGUGCGGCGUUGCACGAGUACAGCGACUGGCUUGGUCUGAAGCAUGAGAGCAGUGGCGAAGGUUCUCAUCGCCAGCUAGAGAUUGUCGGAAGCGCGAAGAUCUCUCGCAAGACGCUGGAAGAGAAGCUGACACCUGAGCUGACUGUGGAGUUCCUGGAAGAUGACGUGAGUGACGUGCGGUAUAACCCUCGUGUGGAAGAUCGUGUCAAGUUUGAUCUGGUGCUGGUCAAGCGGACGAAGCAGUUCCAAUGCAAAGCUAUCAAGUGCGUGGAGGCUGCGUCUACGAAGACCAAGACAGCCACUACGAAGACUGACGCAGCCACAGGCGAAGGGUUUAUCGUAUCGGUGAGACCGGAAGGAUUCGGCUUUAUCCAGCCUGCUCAGACUGUGCCUGGGACGUUGGAAGAGAACCUGUUUUUCCACAUCAAGGAGAUCACGACGGGGCAGACUUUGGCGGAGCUGAAAGAAGGAACGGAAGUGCAGUACACAGUCUUUGUGGAUGAGAAGAAGAAGAAGAACCGCGCCACUGCCAUUAGUGUAGUACCGACAGGCACGAUCAAGACUGUGGUGACGGAAAGUGUGAAGGGUGUUGUCACCAAGGCGAGUUUCUUGCAGCGCAUGAAGGGAGGACCUAAGGGACGGUUCACGAAGGCGAACAACAAGGCGAGUACGGUAGGACGCAUUCGCUUGGCUGUUAGUAGCGACGAUGAGGAAGACGAGGCUGGAAGCGAGGACGGAGACAGUGACGAGGAAGCCGAGGAAGCAGAAGAGACAGCACAGGAGAGUGGCGGCGCAGAAGCCGAGUCGAAGGACGCGAAGAAGAAGAAAGACACGAAGAAGAAGAGCAAACAGGUUUACAUGUACAACAUACGCGACAUCGCUGACCCGACUGUUGUGCUGCGUGAGGGCGACGAAGUGGAGUUUAUUCCUCAAGUGACGCCCAAGAGUCUUCGCGCAGCUCACAUUCGUCUCAUUACAUCGCAUGCCAAGCAAGGUGUCGUCACUCGCAUCACGGAAGACCUUGGUGGUGUUAUCCAGCUAGACGGCGAUGAAUCUGUAAUUGAGGCCCGAUUCGCUGCUCGUGCUGUGCUGCGUGGCGACGUCUUAAGUGAAGGUGACCGCGUCGAGCUCGCUUACAGACCGCCGUCUACUACACGUUCGGAAAAGAAGAAGGAAGACAAGACAGAGGGAGACGAAGAAGAGACCAAGCACGAGGAAGCUACUAAGGAGGCAGAGCCUCUUCUCGGUCAAGCGUUGAGUGUCCUGUGUCUCUCGUCGUCUUCGAACCGUGUAGCUGCGCCACAAAGUCGAGGCUCUCGAUCGGUGAACUCGACGCUUAAAGAAGCCAUGCGCCAAGUCGGCGCUAACGCCAUGGUGGCGUCUCGAAUGGCCAAGGGUCCGGAUGGAACGCGCGGCUUUGUCAAUGGCUGGGACUCGACGACAAUGACAACCACAGACACGAGCGAGACGUAGACGGAGCGGCGCG